AUGACAGCAGCUCAGAUGCUGGACACACAUCCCGCGCAGGCAAUGACAUCAUCAUCCAGAGGCUACUCGCGGGUUUCACUCGAUCAAUCAGACAUACGUCUUAUCAUGCCUGACCUGAGCUGUCUUGGUCAGAAGGAGGCCGGAUACGUCCUAAAAGAAACCCGCAUACUUCUAGAAAAAGCGACCGAUUUGCAAACCUUCGUCUCAAAGAGCAAUAUCACCCCUGAGUUUCUCCGCUACCAUCUCAGCGAAUAUCAUGGAGGAUUGAUUGCUGAGAAAGGGAGUGCUUACAUCGCCGUCGAAGUAUAUAGAAAGAUCUACGAGACAAUCGCCAAACGGCUACGCAACAACAAUAUGAAUACUAUCAAGGAAGAGGGUUUCCAAGAGGUGUCAGCUGAGGAGCACUGGGGUACUGCAGCCAACAAGGAAGAGCCCGACGCCUAUCAGACGACUUGGAUCUCAUCUUUCAUGCUUCGAACGAUUACUGGUAUGGCACAACUAGUGAGGAUCAGUGGUAUAGUAUCGACACAAGCACUGAGACAAAAAACCGCCGCUAACCUCUACAAUCCGCCCAAUCCCUCCGACAACCACCCGCAACCCAAAAUCAUCACUCAAAUGCCUGGGAAUACGUCCUGGGCCUCCAUGGAAUUGAUCGACGCAAAAUACAAGCUCAACGCUGAGCCGACCCCCACGGCUAUUCGUUCCAACUCGGUCGCCACUGAUCAACUCCAAGUAGCAAGUGAUUAUGCACUACGAGGCCGAGCAGAUGUGACUUUUAAGUACGAUUUACCGACGCGUACAUGGCUCAGUUCGUCUUCUACGCACGAACAAAAUACACGACUUCCCGAUUACACAAUUGCCCAAGCCUUACCCGAAUCAUCGACACCGGGUCCCGUCGAUGCCACAACUGCAUCAGCACAUGAUCAACCAGAGCAGGGCAGUGCUGGCAAGCAAGUGUGCUCGAAGGAUUCUGAUCAGAUUGGUGGGCAACAGACGGACAAUGCAGCGCUGGCAGGAAGCCAAGUAGACCAGACUCAAACAUUGACUCGUGGUCAGGAUACAGAUCGCAAUCAUUCGGACACGCCUACGGGACACUCCUACUACGCGCCCAAAGCCUUAAACGCCCAUCCGCAACACGUAGUCAGCGUCCGUCCGGCCUCGGAUGCUGAAGCUCAGUCGAAUAAGGACAACGCGGACAAUCCGGGCUCUAUGCGUGGCGAUGCUGUUGCGCAGGAUGAUGAGCAACGUGACUACCGUCGUCCUCAAUCUUGUGCGUGGCUCCGCGCAUUUAGUGACCGGUUUGUGAAAUCGAAAAAAAAAUUCGUGUUGAGACCUCGUGUGUACGAGGAAGAUGUCUGGCAACCUGGACCAGCUAUCCAUGUUUCGCGUCCAUGGCCUUGUUUGCCCUGGUCGACUAUCGCACUGUUAGUCUGGCAAGAUGUAUAUAUCCCUCACAGUAUCACAUGA